CAGGUAAAAAUUCAUCCAAAAGAUACAAAAGUGAGGGCUGGAAAAAGUGAAACUUUGUAUUCGGAUUCAACGAUAUAGUUGUUUCUCCAAUUUCAAUUCGUCUGUCUCGUUUAGUAUAAUAAACUCUUCGGUAUAGUGUGUUUGGUGCUUUGUUGUUGUUUUCCCACAGCUUCGAGACAGCAUUACAGGUUUUGAAAGAUUGGGCGUCGGUUGAGCAAUAUAAGAGUGAAUCGAAUCUUAAUUGAGUUUUAGAAUUAUGUGAAAAUAACAAAUUUAAUUUGUACUUUUAAUUGUUUUUUAUUCAAAACAAAGAUUUCCUAAAGUUCUGAAGUUGUGAAUUUAAUUUCGAAAUCGGUGAAUUAUCGUUAUCUAAUCUAGUUAGUAUCUUGAAGUCGCAUAUAUGAAUCAUGGAUACGUAUAGUGCUGAAAAGUUGCUAGCGUUCUUCUACCCAGUUAUCAUUUUUAUGUCGCUUCUGUGUUGCAUUACUUCGGGAGUUGCAUGGAUACAUUGGCGACACGUUCUCAACGCUUGUGCCGAAACUAAUUGUGGAUGUUUUUUGAAUGGACGCAGUACUUAUAACGAAUUCGAGGGCGGGCACAUUGCAUAUUGCCACUUUGCAACAUACGGACUGAUCUUGCCUCUGUUUUUCGCUGUUAUAUUGGGAAUCUAUCAUGUUUAUCGAGUUUGCAUGGGCACUGGGAAGAGGAAGCAGGGGGUUACGACACUCAGACAGAGAUCGGGAGACAUGAUUGUCGUAACAACUGAAUCGGAAAUGACAAACAACGGUAUAUCACCCUACUAUUGGACACCUGCAGCUGUCAUAUCAUGUGUCAUGUUCCUAUACACCCUGGUGCAUGCCUCUAUUUACACAGAUGGCUUUAAUACAACCUGUGAACAAUAUCGAGCUACACUUUUAAAAGAAAUUCAAGGAGUAGGACGAAUUGUCGGAGUGAUAAAAGGCCGUCUUUCAUGUGCAGCAGUUUUUGACUUUAUGGAUUUCCUUGUCACAAGUGACAGAUAUGAACGUCGUAGAUAUGGACAAAUUCACACGGCGACUUGUCUCUAUUUUUCACUUAUCGGCACAUGGUUAGCAGUUUUUGCAUGGUUGAGCAUAUCGAUUAUAAAUAUUGUACAAUCAAGAAGAAACAAAUUAGCUCGUAUGUAGUGAAGAUGCAUAGAAGUCAAAAGGAAUUUAAACUUUAAGUACCUUAUGAAAUUUUAUUCCACCCAUAAUGUAAAGCAUGUAAAAAAAAACAUAUACAUUUAACAAAAACAUACAUUUUAACAUAUACACCAUGUUUUUAAUAAAAAUAAGUUUACGAUCUAAACGAUUAUAUUUUAAGCAAUUUAUCGAUCGCAAUAAACGAACAACGAUUUGCCAUUUUUAUAUUUCAAUUUUA